GUGACGUGCGUCGCGAGGUCGCCGAACGGCGACGUCGUCGCGUGCGGGGCGAGCGACGGAAGCAUCAGACUCUGGUCGUUGAGUGAUUUAGACUGCGACGUGACUUUUAGAGGACAUAAACGCGACGUGACCGCGCUACGAUUUUCGCAGGACGGGAGCUUGCUGGUGUCCGGUGGGCGAGACGCCGACGUUGUGGUUUGGGACGUAGUCGCCGAGAGCGGGCUGACGCGGUUGCGAGGACAUCGCGAUCAAAUCACGGACGUGGUCAUCAUCGAUGGGAAAAUGCACAAGAGCGCUGAGCUAUUCGGGCGAAAGGUGGUGUCGACGAGUAAGGAUGGCUACGUGAAAGUUUGGGAUUUGGGGACGAGAGCGUGCACGCAGACGUGCACGGGGUUCGAGGGCGAGACGUGGAGUUUAGACGUCAACCCAACGCAGACGCGAUGCGUGAUCGGAACGUGGGAUGAUAAGCUACAUGUGUAUGACUGCGAUGAGUCAAGAGAUGGGUACGAUCAAGAGUCGCCGUUGGUGCGAAUGGGAACGGUGACGCGCGCCGCAAAGGGACGAGCGAUGACGGUGCGGUUUCAUCAAACUGGGAACUAUCUAGGCGUGCAAGGCGCGGGUCGCGGCCUCGAAAUAUACCGCGUGCGCGGCGAUAAAGAAGCGAUGAAGAAACAAAAGCGCCGGUUGAAGCGCAAACGCGAAAAGAUGGAAGCGAAAGCGCGCGAAGCUGAGGAACUCGGCGACUUGGAUGCGGCGAAGGAAGCCCGAGAGGAGCACGAUGAAGAGGGCGCACGAAGCGCGGGGGAUGAGCUGGAACUCGCAUCAACGGUCACGACCAAAACUAAAAUGCGCGGCUUCGCGUUCGCGACGGAAGCGCCGAAGCGGACGGAUGUGAUGUGCAAAGUUGCCGUGUUGCUCGACGACAACUCGGUGCAAGAGUGGGAAAUCAUCGAAGAAGAAGAGCCAGAAAAAUUACACGCCAUCGAGAACCCCGGGCAUCGCUCUGAUGUUCGUGCCGUAGCACUCUCGCCGGAUGAUGAAACCGUGCUUUCGUGCUCGAGUAACGGCUGCAAGCUGUGGAAUGUCGCCGACGGCGCGUGUUUGAGAACCGUUAAGGGUGGAUACGGGUUGUGUGCGUCGUUCGCCCCGGGCGGUCGGCACGCCAUCAUUGGUACCAAGCAAGGCGCGAUCGAGCUCGUUGAUGUGAACGCAGGAACCCAGCUCACUGUACCCGACGAGGCGCACGAAGGCGCGGUGUGGGCGUUCGCCAUGCUUCCCGACGACAGUGGUUUCGUCUCCGCUUCGGCGGACAAGACGGUGCGAUUCUGGGAAUGGACAUUAGAGAAAGGCGAAAACGGUUUGCGCACUCUUAGUUUCAACCACAUGCGCACGUUGCAAAUGGCGGAAGAUGUGUUGAGCUGCCAAAUCAGUCCCGAUGGGAAGCUGCUCUCGGUGUCGCUCCUUGACAACACGCUCAAGGUCUUCUUCGUGGACAGCCUGAAGUUCAACCUGUCGCUGUAUGGCCACAGACUUCCGGCGUUGUGCCACGACAUAUCCAGUGAUUCGCAGUUGCUCGCGUCGGCAGGCGCGGACAAGAACAUUCGUAUCUGGGGAUUGGACUUUGGCGAUUGUCACAGGUCAAUUUUUGCCCAUCAAGACUCUGUUAUGGCGUUGAAGUUUGUGCCAAAGACGCAUUACUUGUUCUCGGUUGGUAAGGAUAAAUUAGUGAAAUAUUGGGACGCCGACAAAUUUGAUCCUCUGCUCACGCUUGAGGCGCAUCACGGCCCGGUGUGGUGCCUGGCGGUGAGCACGCGAGGAAACUUUGUCAUCACCGGCAGCGGCGAUCGCUCAAUUCGCAUGUGGGAGCGCACCGAUGAGCCCUUCUUCGUUGACGAAGAACAGGAAAAGCGAUUGGAAUCUAUGCUCGACGAAGGCAUUGAUGACGAGCGAGUGCGCCCAAACACCGAUCUUCCUGCUGAAGGCGAGGCUGGCAUGGCGGGUCGCAAAACUUUGGAGACGUUGACCGCCGCCGACGCCAUCGUCGAGGCGCUCGAGCUCGCUGAGCACGAAACCAAGCGCCUUGCCGAACACGCUGCGGACAGCGCCAAAUCCGGCGGAAAGCUCGCACCGAUACAGCCAAAUCCUUUACUGUUAGGGCAGUCACCGGAAACGUACGCUCUGAACGCCAUCGCAAAGAUUCGCCCGAGCGAACUCGAGCAAGCCAUCCUGUGCAUCCCCUUCGAUUUCGCCCACGAAAUCCUCAACCAUCUCACAACCUGGCUCAACGCCGGCCAAAAAGUCGAACUGACGUGCAAGAUCGCCGCCCUAGUCAUGCGAUUACACGCCAACUCGUUCGGACGCACGCCAGAGACGAGACGCACCCUCGUGAAGCUCAGACCGCUCCUUCGCGCGCGCGCCAAGGAGGCGCGCGAUUUGAUGGGCUUCAAUCUCGCCGGUCUCAACGUCCUCGACGCUUUCAUACGCGACAACGAAGAAGUC